AUGGUGCUCAAAACUGAGAAGCGGAAAGGCAACUCAAGAGAGCAGCCGAAAAAGAUAGAAACCAGCAGAACAAUCAAAGGAAUGGCUCGGCGAGCGUUGACGAGGCUCGCAGAGGAAAGCAACGGCUCAGUGAGUGAUGACGAAGCUCACGGAGUAAAGAGACUUGUUAUGAAGUUUCAAAGAUAG